AUGGAAGCACUCGUGCGAGAAAAACUACCCCUCCUCACCCAUCAAGCUCUCGAACAAAACAUGGAAAAAUUCAUCGACGAACUCGAAGACGGACACAAAAGAGCCGAAGUCGAGAUGGCAGAGACCGUCGACGAAGCCAAGAUUGAGCUCAAUGAAGCUCGCGAUCGUGGUGUUGAUGAUAUAGAGACUUGGGCUCAGGAGCGAUUGGGCGAGUUUGAAGGUGAUGUGGAUGAAGUUACCAAGUCUGCUGUUGAAGAGUUGGAGGAUAAGACGAUGACUUUGAAGGAGCGGCUACAUCGCCAGUUUAGGGGUCAAUGUAGGAAGAUGAGGAGGGUUCAUGAGCGCGUGAGAAGGAGGUCUAUAUAG